ACUAGCCACUCCCCCUUCCUCUCUCCCAGCCUGCUGACGAGAAAAGCUCUCAGCUGGUGUGACGGCGGGUUAUGAAAGAGCAGAGCGGCAGGUGAGCGUGUGUGCAGCUGGACGGAGACUCGGUGAUGAGAUGCAGUUCGGCUGGAGGAUCGCCGUGAUGCUGCUGCUGCUGCCAGCUGUGUGUGAGGCUCAGAGCGGAGAUGGAGACCCCGACAUGGAGCCCAGAAUCAGCUGCACGUCUCACAUCAUGAUGAAAAGAUGCAAUUUGACCUGCAAGCUGCUUGAAGGCAGAAAUGAUGACGAGGAUGAUGAAGAGGGUGGAGGUGAUGGAGGCGACAGCAUUGAGAGGAUGACCCUGUGCUACCUUCAUUAUGACAGCAACGUAAUGGUGAAGUGCAUGGAGACAUACAGUGAUACAUUCAGCUCCCCAGACCUGAAGCCCUUGUCAGAACUCAGGCUGACCGUCCACUUAAAGAGUGGCGGCAGGAUUUCACAAAAACUCUACCUGAAGAACAUAGUUAAACCAAUGAGUCCUCAGGUGUUUAACAUCACCUUCCAAGAAGAGUCUAACGAGGCUAAGAUUUGGAUUCAGAUCCCGUACCAAAAAGACUACCUGAAAGUGAAGAACCAGGAAUUCCAGUUUCAGAUCGAGACAGCUGGGGAAAUCAUGAUUCAGAACACCUCAUCCCAGGACUUCAUAAAUAUCAACAUGGGAUACCUUAAAAAAGGCUCAAAGUAUUAUGUCAAAGUGCGGGCGCGAACACUCCCAAAGAUUUUUCAGGGCACGUGGAGUGAGUGGAGUGAAACAUUCACUUUCCUUACCCCUGAAAACCUCCAGAAGCAGACCAGUGGAGUACAGGUGGAACCGUACCAAGUCAGAGUGUGUCUGGUCUCUCUGCUGAUGGUGACCUUUAGUAUCAUCAUCAUCAUCAUCAUCCUCUGGAAAAACAAGAUAUUUACCUACAUGUGGCCAAGCAUCCCGCAUCCUAAACAGACUCUGGUGCAGAUCUGCAAGCCAAACAAUCCUCUGUUGCUGACCUUCAGACCUGAGGUGCUCAGUGAUCUCAAAGUCUACCCCGUGGAGACGACAGCGCGUGAGGAAACAGAGCCUGCGAUCAGUCCUGCAUCUGCUGCUGCUUACAGCACUCAGUCGAGUGAACCCUGCUCCACCCAGAGCUUAGAUUGCAGGAGUACUGCCAGCGCCAGCACCGAGGAGCUGGAGCUCUCUGCCUUGUUGAGCAGGAGCUCGUCUGAAGCCGAGGACAGCCUGUCGAGCUGCAGUCCUUCCCCCAUCGACAUCCUCCAGCUUGGGGAAAGACCCGAGCAGCCUGAGCAACAAUUUGAAGUCAAUGACUUUGAGGUGUUUGGAGCAAAUCGACAGGAGGAGGCUUACGUCACCAUGUCCAGUUUCUAUAAGAUCAAGUAGGUGAUGCAGUGGUGAGCAAACAGGAUCAGAGACUGUACUUAUCAAACUUCAGGAUGCUCUAAAGCAAAGGGCAUCCAACUUCACGAGGUCUUCAGAGCAAAGUGAAAGAACAGAAAGACAAACAUGCUGCCUUUUUGUCCGGAUGUGCCUAUCUCCCACUUACAUUUCACCUGGAUUUCAAUGAUGCUGGACCUCUGUCCAGAGAACGAGACAUCAGGCAUUCAUUACCAAAAGAAAAAUCACUGAAUGGAGUGCUCAAGUUUGGUUCACUUUACAGAAAUCAAGCUUUUACUGGUGAAGUAUCUCAUCUGGAUUCCCAUUUGCGCAUAAACCUAAGAGGAUAAAUUCUUUUAGGUUUUGUCAUCUAUUGACAUUUAUUUUAACUCCAUCUUGGAGUUCUGUAGCAAAUAUACACAAGAAUUACUCAGUUGAUGUAUUUACUGAUGAUAAUUAUAUAUUGAUGUAAUUACUCUAUGACGUUUGGUUCAGAUGUUCCCAUCAGGAUGAACAGUGAUAACAUUUAGUAAUUUCACACCAUCCUCAGUUCAUUAUGUUACACAUCCAUCACUUUGUCUCUGCUACACUCUGAGUUUAGCAGAGUUUUUUAAGUGUAGCAGCCUCAACAAGCUGCUAACAUGAGUGGAGACUCUUAUUCCCCAUUGCCACUAACAUGGAAUGGGUUCUUUUUCUGAUUCAUGAACAUAUUUUUGCAUCUUUUGCACCAGCAUUUUAACCCAAAAUAAAUCGUCUCAUCUUUGUAUAGAAGCUGGCUCCCAGCUGGGACUUAAGAAAAAGGUUUUGAAGUGCUAGCCGUGAUAGGAUUAGUGGGAGUGUCACAUUUUACAGGCUGUAAAGCGAGAAUAGACAGCAUGACAACAUUUGGUAUUUGGUGACAGGGUGAAGAAAAAUUCCCUUUUCAUAAGAGAAAGCCUCAGCAGAAUCAGGCUCAUGUGCCGCCAUCUGCUGUGACUGGUUGGGGGUGAGGGGAGUCUCCAUCAUUGACUUGUUAAAAAAAAAAAAAUCACCAACGUGUAAAUUUGUCCUCACUUUGGUGUUUCUCUCGCUUCCUGUGUCAUUUUCUUGGACAGUCAGCCAUCAACAGGCUUGCUAAGAAAAAAAUAACAGAAAAAGGAAAAAAACGUUUUUAUGCAGUGGAGCUGCUCACAGCUCAUAUUCAAAGACAGCAAAACACAGCCUGUGGUUAAUUUUUGUGACUCAUAAACCAAAAAACAUUUGAGACAACUAAAGUAACGAUGUGUUACACGUUAUUCUAACAAUAUGAACUUAGCUCUGCUCCUUUAUAAUCGGGUUUAUUUUAAUAUGUUUAGUCACUGCUGUUAUUUUUAAAGUGAUAAAUUGGCUGUUAUUCUUGUGCUUGUACCAGCAGAUUUUUUUUUAGCUUUAAUCUUUCACUUGAACCCAAAAUGUAGCUUUGAGUAGAGCAGGCUGUUGACCUGCAGCUCUGAAAUACAGGAUUUAUUUUGUUGCUUUGAGGCCAAGUGUGUUUUCAUGUUUUUACUGACACACCUCCACAUGUAGUCAUUUGUCAUUGGAGGAAUCAUAUAUACCUGUGUUUUUGCCUGUUUUACUACAUAGCAUAGAAUAGUGGUUUUCAGAUAAAACUACCUUCCAGGCAUCCCAGCGUCUAAGUGAUCACUUUAUCUUUUAACUCAGCAUUAUGGAUCGUGUUGGCUGCCUGGGAGGUGGUGAACAGCUUCAGUUGACAGAUGAGAGAGAAAUGAAAGUUUCUUUGAUAGUUAAGAGUGUGGCUCAUCUAAAGAAACCCUUUAAACCCCCAAAGUACAUCUAUAUUGACCCAGUGUACUACCUAAAUGACCAAAACACCCAACUGAAUGAGCCUUCAAAGCACCUAACUGGUUGCUAGAUCAAAGCUCCUACUUUAUCCAUCUAAAGGGCCACAAGAAAUAACAAAAAUAUUACUAGAAGCUCAUACUGGAGGCCAUUAAAACCACAUAAAACAUCCCUGAUACCUCCUGUGUAACCACGAUCCCUGUAAAUGAACCUGAGUACGUUCUCAGUGUCCAAAAGGAGCCACUACAAUUAAACAAGGAACCACAAAGAGACCUAUACAGAAGAACCACCUAAACAAUCUGUGGAACAUUGUUAAUGGUUAAAAGGGCCUGUAAGAUCUCUACAACCUAAACCUUGAGUCCUUGAGUCACAUGACCACAACCUGAAGAACUCUUGGGACCUGCUUUUUAUUCUCCAGGUCUUGUAGAAAUGAAUUUAAUUAAACUUCAGCUUAUGGAUUUACUCAUAAAUUCUCAGUGCUCCAUCUCACAAAAACUAGUCUGGUAUAAGAAGACCUGUUUAUCAGAUUUUUCAAUUUUUCACCAUCUGUAUUUUAUUUUUUUCUCAUUCCUCAACCAAAAAAAAUCGAACAACACCAGUGAGGUCAUUUAAAGCUGCUUGUAUCUAAACUCAUCUGCACUUAAACUGUUUGGGAACUGAAACUCAUGCUGCAGCGUUCACCAUGCAUAUCAAACAGGAUCACAUGUAAAGCCUCCUAAAGCUCAUCUGAAUCAUAGUACAGCACUCAAAGCUUUGGGGUUACUUAGAAAUUACCAUGUUUUUGAAGGAAAAGCUAAUUUGCUUUAAUUUACAGUUAAGUGAACAUAAAUAUUAACUAACUGAAUCAUUAAACAGAUUUUUUUUAUUGGAAUAUCUACAUCAGAGGCAAGCAGUGCAGGUUUAUCACAUUAAAAGGCUGACUCAUUGUUGGAAAAACCGUUCAAUCAUGUGGGUAAAGGUGCUGUACUACUUAAGUAGUUACACACUGGCAAUCUCCUCACAUCCUCAGGCCACUAGGGAAAAAUGUGCAUAUUCACUUGUUUGGCAAGUGGUUGCUAGCUGUUGCUGGGUGAAAUCAAUUGCAUGGUUGCUUUGGUCACUAGCAGGCUGCCACGGUCGCCUGCAGGUUGCAUGGAAGACACCGACUUGUCUGCAAACACUCUCCAACUGCUUUCUGAGUGGAAAUGAAACUGAAGUCUGACACAAACUGCAAACGGAGAAUGUUUGAAUUCAGAGUAAAAGUUGUGCCUCAAUCAACAUGAUUCAAAAGGCAAAACUUUUAUUUUGAAGGGAAACUUGCGCUGUUUCCAGUUUGUGUCUGACUUUUUUACAGUUUUACUUCUACUCGGCAAGUAGUUAGUAAAUGUUUGCAGAGAAGUCGGCACCCUCCAUGGAAACUGAGGCGGCCGCGAUAAUCUGCAAGUGACCAAAGCCACAGUCACAAUCAGCAACCUUCAGCAGCUGCUCACCAACCGGGCAGGAAAUACACAUUUUUCCCGAGCAGCCGCUGGUUGACAGUGAGUAACUCACUGGUCUCUAGGCCUGUAUGACUGUGGCUUUAGUUUCACAGCAACUGCCAGCAACCAACAGCAACCACUUGCCAGCCGGCUGGGGAAUACACCUUUUUCUCCUAGCAACCUGUGGUUGCUGGGGGCCUGCCACCAACCGGUCUUAGCAGUGCUCUCUUGAGAGUAAUACACACCAGUGUUAUUUGGUUUGUUUUCAUCACCUUCAUUUCUUAGAACACGAACACAGCCUGAACACAUUCUUCUUUUGGCCAUUUUAAAGCUUCACAUCUACACAGAAAUGCUCCAGAGAUGCAACUAGUCAGAUUUAGUACAUCUAUAAUCAGUAUAGCAGUUUUUAGGUGUGCCAUCGUGGUGGGAAAAGGUUUUUCUAAUAAUCAAUAAGCCUCUUAAUAUUAUAAAACUCCUUUAGAGAACAUCAUGUGCCAUUAGAACACAGAUGAUUGCUUAAAAUGGGCCUCUUUACACAUACAUAGAUAUUCCAUAAAAAGAAUGAUUAGUUAGAUAGAAAUUACACAAUUAAUCAGUAUUUCUACUUUAACAUCCAUUUAUGACUCUCUCAAUCAGCUUUUCUUCCUGAAAACAUGACGUUUCAAAGUGAUCUCCAACUUCUGAGCAGUCGUGUACGUCAUGUCCACGCAAGCUCAGCUGUCUGUAGGCAGGUUGUGGAUGCGUUGCUGUAGCAACUGUUUCUGUUUGUAGUCAUGGAGAUGCUAAACCCAAUGCUGCUGCUUCAAUAUCUGACACAACCGACCUCACAAUGGCUGAAACAAAAACAGGAAUGUACGCUUUAUACUCAGAAACAAGAAGUCUGUAAUCUGUACUAAAUACAACGUACAUACUUUAUGGAAAUGUCUAAAUGUACUCGUGUUGAUGUAACGUGGAAUUGUUUUUAUUUAAUCACAAUGCAUAUCAGUGUAUAUAGUAAUAAAGUGGAAAAUGAAA